AUGUUUCUUGACUUUGCAUGGAGAGAUUUGGACUUUGCUUAUGAUACCAUUUCUGCCUUUGCUUCCAGGCCAGACGAGCAGAUGACAGCUUCAUCAACUGUAGAUUCUUCUUCAACGAGGCCGUGCAAAAAAAUUUCUUUACUGCUGCGUUGUGAGAUGAUGCAGGUCCCCUUGAUGAUUUUUAAGGAAGUUCUAGUCUUGUUAGUUGUGAAGCAGAUCGAACUUCCUGUAAGUGAAGCAGAUCGAACUACGGGUUAA